AGCCAAGCCACGUGCAAGUCAGCGGCUGCUGGGCUGCCUGACGAAUUUUGCAUGCUCUUGGGAAGCUGCAACUGUGUUGUGUCAGCAGUGCUAGCAGUGCUAAGGCCUUAUGUUAGAGAUGGAUCCUGUCGAGUUGUUGUCAAGUUCACGCGUGAAAAAUUUGGUCGUUGAUUCAGGAGGCUUUAUAAAAAAUGCAGCGCUGCAGGAAAUCGGUGAAAAUAUAUAUACAGUGGCCGAAGUUGUAAGUGAAAUAAAAGACAAAGCGACAAAACAGAGACUCCAAGUUCUUCCAUAUAAGUUGAACUACAGAGUUCCAUCGCCAGAAGCAGUGAAGAUCAUGACGGAUUUUUCUAAACUCACUGGAGACUACCCAAGUUUGUCAGCAGUUGACAUCAAGGUACUUGCUCUCACGUAUAUGCUGGAGAAGGAGCACGUGGGGACAUCCCAUCUUUCCAAGAAACCUAAGAGUAUUGAGGUACAGACAACUGCAGCCCCAAGAGAUGUAGUUUCUUCGCCGGGUUUCUUUGGCUCCCAAGCGAUUGUAGGUGCAGAAAAGUCUGAGCCUAUGGAGCCUGCUGGCUCUCUCGAUGGCUGCAACAAGGAAGACUGCAGUGAGGAUGAAGUAGAUUCAACAGAAGAAGACUCAAGCGAUGGCGAGUGGAUUACCCCAAGCAAUAUUGCAGAGAUAAAAAAAGAAAUGGGCUCACUAACUUUGGAAGAGGUGCCAAUACCAGUUGCAUGUAUAUCAACAGAUUUUGCUGUUCAGAAUGUUCUGAUUCAAAUGGGUCUAAAAGCUGUUUCUGUUGAUGGAAUGGCAAUCAGGCAUGCGAGAACAUUUGUCUUGCGCUGCCAUGCAUGCUUCACCAUCACAAAAGUUAUGACCAAACAGUUUUGUCCUGCUUGUGGCAAUAAGACGUUGAAACGUGUCUCAGUGGCUGUAGCAGAGGAUGGCUCUACAAAACUCUACAUAAACUACAAGAGGCCUAUAAAUAUUCGUGGAACACGGUACUCCCUUCCUACACCUAAAGGCGGGAAACAUUCAACAGAUCCCAUUUUGUGCGAGGACCAGCCAAUCCCACAGAACCGGUUAUCAAAAAUGGCCAUGGGCCGGGUUGAUGUCCUGGAUGCGGACUACCUUACAAGAAACUCACCAUUCAAGAUUAAUGAUGUGUAUUCUCGUUCCGCCCACCUCAGCAUGCGAGCUGGCUCUCAAGGAUCUCGAAACCCGAACCAAGUGAAACGCAAUACAGGAAAUCAUAAGAAACGAAGGAACUAAACAAACUCAGAUUUACCAUAAGAUUGGCCCGCAUUGAUGUGAAAUAAUGUAAUCGGGUGUCUCGCAGAAGACCUUGGCUUUCUUGUUUUGCACCGAAAUAGAUGUGGCUGAUGAUUGUA